ACGUAGAGAGACUGCGCUGAAAGGAAAGAGGGAGGGUCUACUAGAGAGUCGUUUUAUUUAUUUCUUUGUUACCAGUUAAAUAAUAAUAUUAAUUGCAGCGGUUCUUUGCUUUCCAUACAGAUGUAUUUCUUGCCAGCUGGGUAAAAUUAAAUACAGUUAUCAUCCGCGACAAAUACCUCCUCCCCAAAAACCACCAAACUGGAAAGGGUUACUGGUUGGGGGGGUUCUAGAGACCUGAAGCGAAGGGGAGGAAAAUGAAGCGGCGCAAUGCGGACUGCAGCAAACUCCGGCGGCCGUUAAAACGGAACCGAAUCACCGAGGGCAUCUAUGGCAGCACUUUCCUCUACCUUAAAUUUCUCGUUGUUUGGGCCUUGGUGCUGCUGGCAGACUUUGUUCUAGAAUUCAGGUUUGAAUACCUGUGGCCAUUCUGGUUGUUUAUCAGAAGUGUUUAUGAUUCCUUCAGAUACCAGGGACUGGCAUUUUCAGUGUUUUUUGUUUGUGUAGCAUUCACAUCAGACAUAAUUUGUCUACUGUUUAUACCAGUCCAGUGGUUAUUCUUUGCUGCUAGUACAUAUGUCUGGGUACAGUAUGUCUGGCACACAGAGCGGGGAGUUUGUUUACCUACAGUAUCUCUGUGGAUAUUGUUUGUUUAUAUAGAAGCUGCAAUCAGAUUUAAAGAUCUGAAAAAUUUUCAUGUCGACUUGUGUCGUCCUUUUGCUGCACACUGCAUUGGAUAUCCUGUUGUGACUCUGGGUUUUGGUUUCAAAAGUUAUGUCAGCUACAAAAUGCGGUUAAGAAAACAAAAGGAGGUACAGAAAGAGAAUGAGUUUUAUAUGCAGCUUCUUCAACAGGCAUUACCUCCAGAGCAGCAAAUGCUACAGAGACAGGAGCGAGAAGCAGAAGAAGCUGCAGUAGCCAAAGGGAUUUUAGAAGUGGAUUCAACAGCAGUUUCACAGCACAAUGGGGGAAUCCCUGCCAAUAAAAAAUUGGCAACAACAUUACCAGAACUAGAAUAUAGAGAAAAGGGAAAAGAAAAGGACAGAGAGGUUAAAAAACAAAACCUUGGAAUAAAUAAUAAUAUUUUACAGUCUGUAGACUCUAAAAUACAAGAAAUUGAGUAUAUGGAAAAUCAUAUCAACAGUAAGAGAUUAAACAAUGAUUUAGUAGGAAGUACAGAAAAUCUUCUAAAAGAGGAAAAUUGCACAGCCUCAUCAAAAAACUACAAGAAUGCCAGUGGUGUAGGCAACUCUUCACCACGCUGUCACAGCACUUCCAAUGGGAGCAUUCCCUCCUCUUCGUCCAGCAAAAUUGAUAAAAAACAAAAAUGCCCUAGCAAGAGUCCCAGUACUCAUAAGGAUUUAAUGGAAAAUUGUAUACCUAAUAACCAGCUCAGCAAGCCUGACAUUCUGGUGCGUUUGGAACAAGACAUAAAGAAGCUAAAGGCAGAUCUGCAGGCUAGCAGACAAGUGGAGCAAGAGCUACGCAGCCAGAUUAGUUUGCUGGGCACCACAGAACGCAGCAUCCGGUCAGAGCUGGGUCAGCUUCGACAAGAAAAUGAACUUCUACAGAACAAACUGCACAAUGCAGUACAGGCAAAACAGAAGGAUAAGCAGACCAUCAGCCAAUUAGAAAAAAAGUUGAAAGUAGAGCAAGAUGCUCGUGUUAUUGCAGAAAAACAGCUGGUGGAUGAAAAGAAGAGAAAGAAGGUAGAAGAAGCUACAGCAGCACGUGCUGUGGCUCUCGCUGCUGCAACAAGGGGGGAAUGCACUGAAACACUCAGGAGUCGCAUAAGAGAGUUGGAAACAGAGUGCAAAAAGUUAACAAUUGAUAUGAAGGUUAAAGAGGAACAGAUCCGGGAACUUGAAAUGAAAGUGCAGGAAUUAAGAAAAUAUAAGGAAAACGAGAAAGACACUGAGGUCUUGAUGUCUGCACUUUCAGCAAUGCAAGACAAAACUCAGCACUUAGAAAACAGCCUGAGUGCAGAGACCAGAAUCAAGCUAGACCUCUUCUCAGCACUAGGGGAUGCUAAAAGGCAACUUGAGAUUGCACAAGGGCAAAUAAUUCAAAAAGACCAGGAGAUCAAGGAGCUAAAGCAGAAGAUAGCAGAAGUAAUGGCAGUAAUGCCAAGCAUAACAUACACGGCUGACACAAGCAAUCUGAACCCUGUUGCUCCACACUACUCAUCCAAGUUCAUGGAUACUAGCCCCUCUGCACUGGAUCCCAAUGCAUCUGUUUACCAGCCCCUAAAGAAGUGAAUGCCCACCUGUUUGAAGGGUAUCUCGAGUGAUGGCUACAUGCAAGAGUAUUGUUUUUAUUUUUAUUUUUUUUUUCUUAUUUGUUUUGGGAGCUUAAUUUUGUUUUCUCUUUUCAACCCUGGGCAAGAAGACAUUGUUAUUGUGUGACUGUAUUUGUUGUAGUUUAAGGAAAAAAAAGACCGCUAGAGGUGCCCAAAAAAUAUUUUUUUUUUUUUAUUAAAUAACCUCACAGAACUUUGUACACAUUUUUCCUGGGUUUCUUGGUCAGUGCUUUGUCACUGCUUUUUAUGUUUGUUUUUUUUUUCAGUGCCCCAUUUUGCCUUCCCAUUGUUAUCUCUUUUUCCUUAUUAAGGAAAAAAUAUGAGUAUAUUGCAAAUUAUGCCUAAACUUUUCUUGGAUGUUUAUUGAUUGUGUCAAAGGUAAGCAAACAUGUUAAAGAAAAUGAUACCUGAAAAUCCAGUAUUAUUCUGAAGACAUAUUCUCUAAUUGGAUUUUAAAAAGAAUGUCAGUCAGUAAUCUUCAUCAGUUUACCUUUUUUUCUUUUAAUUACAUAGUUGGAGGAUGAUUGAAAUUCAAUUGCUACUGGAAAUAUGGUACCCUUUAGUGCAGGCUGUGUAUUCUUUCUUAAUAACAAGACGGUUAUCUAAGUAGAAUGGGAAAAAACAGUUUAUUGUAUUUAACAGUUUGUUUCAGCAUGAGACAUCCUGCUUUAAAGAUGUGUAAAGCGCGAGCAGUUUCAGCCCCUUCAAUAUUUAUUUUAAAUCAAUUGACCUAAAUGACGUUAGAAGCGCCCUCCUCUUUUUAGGGGGGAAAACAGUAUGAUUUUGCCAGAAUGGUUAAAAAAAAAAAAAAACAAAAACAACUAAAUGUGUUGUGCCAGUAUUGCAUAUCCUUAGCAGUGGUUAAGGGUCAUUGUUAGGGGGUUUCUGGUUGGAAAAAGAAUUCAUCAGAGCUGUUUGAAAUGUUACUCAAGAUUCAAAUAAAUCCCUUAUUGGACCAAAUAGGGUUAGAUUUAGAAAAUGAUGUGACAAAAAGUAAAUAUAGAAAGUGUUUUGAUGCUGAAUCUCCCUGUGAUGUUAGUACAGUUGUGUUGCUGGACGUCCUUUUUUCACAGUGCCUUGGAAAUGGACAUUUUGUUUUUCUUACAAUGAUACUUUUGUUCAGUAUCUCUCCCUCUGCUCCUCUUCUGCUUUUCAUACAGUGUGUUUUACAGAGUCUACUGCUAUUUAAACUCAAUCUUUAAUGGUGUUGCUUUCUACUGGCAAUUGAAAAUUAGUUUUCAAGUAUUUCUUCAUUCCUUAACAUGCUAAACAUGCAUCCUGUGGGGCAUGUUUUUGAAAAAUACAAAACUAGAUACAACUGGUAUAGCAAAAGUUAGAAGUGAAUGUUUUUCAGUCUGCCAAGUUACCAUUCAAUACUAUGUUUUGUCAGACUUUUGGCUUAAAGGUUGUAUUUUUUUUAACUGCCGAAUAUAGUUUAAGUCUGUGUGCCAAGAUAUUAACAAUGUUCUCUGAAUUAAAUGUAUUAAAAAGUACAUUGGCUAAAGAGGGAAAUAUAUGAAAUGUUUACUGUAUUUGUUGUGUUUAUUUAAAAGAAAGAUAAAAAAGCCAGUGAGCUUUUAUUUUAAUUACUUGCAGUAGACUCUGUAAAGGUGGUUGUAUUUUCAAUUUUUUUUUUUUUGAUUUGGAUGUUUUGCAUUCUUUAAAAUAGUAUUAAAACUCCCCAUCUAUUGUGUUAAGUUAUUCAGUGGGUGAGGAGGGCUAAUGAGAAAAAAAUCCCUGCAUUUAAUUCUGUUACCUUUUAAUGAUGAUUUUUAGCUUCAGCCAAAUGUGUGUUGAAUUUUGAAUCAUCCUGUGUAUUUGUCACCAUAUGAAAACAAGUAUUUUGAAAUAGUAGUGUCAUGGGUACUUGAGGCUUUGUGCGGAAGCUGGAAUAUUUAGUCACUGAUUUUGUGAUGAGGGUAAAUACUGUUUUUCUUUGUUUUCAGGUUUUCUUGCUGCCAUUUUGGCACUUUUCUUUAAAAAAAUCUUAGCUGCAUUCUUAUUCUGUGGGGUUUACAAGGAAUAAACAUUUUUUUCUUGCAAAUA